CUCUGCAGAUGACUUCACACAUUCAGAGAGCAGGAAGGAAGCCGAGCUGCUCUCGCUUCGCUUUCUGUGGGGCAGCUCCAAAUUCGACCUCAUUAACUCAGGAGGGCUCAGAGGGACCCGAAAAUGACCCCCCAAACCCCCCCUGAGCCCCCCAAAUGCUGCUGCUUCAACAUCAAGACAGCGACGGUCACCCUGGGGAUCUUCCACAUGGUCAUGAGCGUCCUGCUGCUGAUCGAGUAUUCCCUGGAGGUGGCCAACGGGAAGGGCUUCUGCAAAGACCUGGACAAGGAUUCCUACAGAAUUGGUGGGUCCUGGGAAUGCUGGCAGGGAUCCCCCAGUGCUGCACUGCUCCCUCUGCCUUCUCCACCAAAGAAUUUGGAGUUGUGGGUGAUAAGCUCAGGAGGGAGUUUAGGCUCUGUUUGGGGUUUGUCUGUGCCAGUCCUGGAGUCGCUGCCAGCAGAGGAAUACGCCAAAGUGAUGAUCACCUUCACCAUCGCCUUCGUGGCCGUGCUCGUCCUCAAGGCCUACAUGUUCCAGUGUGUCCUGAGCUGCUUUAAGUACAUCAAAGCCAGCAGGAGGGAGGAGGUGAAGGCAGAGCCACAGGCAGUGGAAAAGGCCGUGCUGCCGUCCUAUGAAGAAGCCCUGGAAUUGCCUUCCAAGGAUUCCCUCCCUCCCUACAUGUCCGUCUGAGCCCAGCCCAGGGGAGAGGCGGCACUGGCUGCUGCUGUGCCUCUCCCCUCCUGGCAGAGCCCAGUCCCUGCUCCAGAGCAGUUCCCAGCUUUUUCCAGACCCUGCCAGGGAACUGCUGGGGUCUUGUCCUGCUCUGGCAUCUCCAUUUCCCAUCUCUGGUUCCCAUCCCUGGGAGCUGGGAUUUGGCUGCUGAGGAUGCUGAGGAUGAUGAGGAUGAUGAGGAUGCUGAGGAUGA